GGCCCCACCUGCCAGACUACAUCUCUUCUCUCCUCACUGGGUCUCCCUUCCUGCUGAAAUUUUCAUCUCCAUCUUGGCACAGCAGAACAAUGCCUCCCAACCUCACCGGCUACUACCGCUUUGUCUCUCAGAAGAACUUGGAGGACUACCUGCAAGCCCUAAACAUCAGCAUGGCUGUGCGGAAGAUAGCGCUGCUGAUGAAGCCAGACAAGGAGAUCGAGCACCAGGGCAACCACAUGACAGUGAAGACCAUCAGCACCUUCCGGAACUACGUUCUGGAAUUCGAGGUGGGAGUUGAGUUUGAAGAAGACCUCAGGAUAGUGGACGGACGAAAAUGCCAGACCAUAGUAACCUGGGAGGAGGACCAGCUGGUGUGUGUGCAGAAAGGAGAGGUCCCCAACCGGGGCUGGAGACACUGGUUGGAGGGAGAGAAGUUGUAUCUGGAGUUGACAGCCAGGGAGGCGGUGUGUGAGCAGGUCUUCAGGAGGGUCAGAUAG